UGCAUGCUGCAUUUCCUCAGUGUGUUUCUUCACCUGUAGAAACAGUGGACUUAGAGUUUAAAGGAAAAGGAAAUGGAAGAACGCAGAGUUCCUGUUAGUGUUCGGCUUUUAGGUGUGAUGCACAAGGAGAAGAGCAAACUUUACAUGACCUCUGUUCUUUGGUCAGAUCAAAAUGAAAUCAUCGUCUACAGAACGCUUGAAGAAUUUAAAACAUUGCAUGUUCAACUUAAGAAAAAAUGUGCAAGUUCAUAUUCAGGUCCUUUUCAAAGGUCAAUAAGGAUUGUUCCCAAAUUUAAAGCAGAGAAAGUAAAGAGAGGCAUUCAGAAGAAGAGCUACAGUAAGUCCCUGCUGAGGCUGAAGCCACUGGAAGAGUACUGCACUGCACUGCUGAACGCUAAUCCUUCUGUCUCUCAAAGCUCAGAACUCAUCCAGUUUCUGCUUCCGAGACCAGAGGAUCUGAAACCAGAAUUUUCUAAAAAUAGCAUCAUGGUCAUGCCAUCAGAUGAAUCUCUGGGCAGAAGCACUGACGUGAAAUCAGAUGCCAGCGUAAUCCAGCCAUUCGUGACCGAAGUGUACCGCUGCAUCGCUCCCUAUGAGACUAAGGACACAAAGAACCGUCCCUUCAAGGUUGAGGUGGGAGAAACUGUGGAUGUGCUCAUCAAGGACAAAGCAGGCUGGUGGCUGGUUGAGAAUGAGUGUAAAUGCCUCGCCUGGUUUCCUGCUCCAUACCUGAAAAAUGCUGAAGCAGAAGAUGAACCUGCUGAUGAAGAAGUUGGAGAAGCUACUCUAUGUGUUGCCACCAAAAGCUACAAAUCCACAAAAAUGGACGAAAUCUCUGUGGAGAUCGGAUCCGUGGUUGAGGCUGUACGAAAAUCGAAUGACGGAUGGUGGUUAGUUAGGUACAACUGCAGGACUGGUUACAUCCCUUCUAUGUACCUGCAGCCAUAUGUUAAUCCACGAUUGCAAAUCAUUAGCACCCAGAGGGGUCUUCACAGCUCUACCCUAAACUUGGCUCCGAUUCACGUCCCUGCUAGCUCUUCUCUGAUGAUCCCAGGAAAUGAGCUGAGUCGUUCACAUAGCAACCUCCUGUGGAUUCCAGAAGACAACCUUAUUGUCAGCGAUAAGUCCAAAUCACACUCCCUGAAUGUUUUAACAGAUGCUCAGCACAGGCCACCUGCCAUCAAAGUGGAUAGUGUGGAAGAAGACAGGGACAGGAGCUUCAGCGACAGCAGUGAAGAAAGCUUUAGCGACAGUGCCAGCUCCUCAAGCAGUGGGUCUGUCUGUGUGAGCAGCCCGACAGACACCCAGCGGUGUAGAACUCCCCAGCCCAACCACCUCAAUCCCACCGACAGCAGGAUGUUGCACAGCAAAUCUGAACCCUCUGUGUUCCAGUCACCCAGGACACCCAAAAUUCCCCCCAGACCUCAAGCGCAAGAAAUCCUCCAACGUUGCACCACAGUGACCCGUAAGAACGUCUCCAAAAACCAGAUGCUUUCUGCAAAUGGAGACAUCCACAGCCGCUGAACACAACUACAGAUCGUUCUUCUUUUCACAAUUCCAUCUAGAUCUGUUUCACCGAACCUGUGUGAUCGUUAGUUGCAUGUGGCAAGUGUACAGUGAAGGAGAAUACGGUUAGAAAUAUUCUUUUGUUUUUCUUAUUGAACAUAAUUAAUUGAUCCAUAACCCUAGGCAGAAAGACUUGGAAGGGCAACUGCAAUCUACUUAAUGAUGCAUGUCAUAUAUUUUAUUCUACAUCACUUACAUUAGAAACAGUGACAAGGAUAAGGGUUCUUUAGGGGUUUCUCCCCCCUUAAAGCAGAGGAUUGUCAAUUUUCAGUAGAUAAUAAGUGUCUAAUGCCUUGCAAACAACCAGUUUGUAGUAUAUCUUGUAGUCCUUGUAAUCGUAGAAGCAUGUUGUAAGUGCCACUCGUUUUAAGACUAGGCUGUCUUAAUAAACUGAAAGAAAACAAACCUUUCAGACCUGCUACCUUGGAGGCUCUAUAGAGACCCCUACUAGAAUAAUUACACAGUGAAAAAAAUGUACAAUCUGUCUCUGUAUUUAUAGAGAUAUUUAUAUAUAUAUAGUUCUCUAUGGUCUGUGAUGAAAAUUUCAUAUACGUUUUGCUUUCUGCAACCAUACUGAAAAUCUCUUCCAUACUGGAAAUCCAAUGUAGUGCAUCAUAUCUGCAGUAUUUAUUGUACUUGUCACUGAAGUGAGACAUCACAAGACUGCUCUCAUCAUCAGUGCAUUUUUAUAUGAUCCAAUAUAACCUUGUGUUUAAUUAGAAUCGCUGAACUCUUGAUGUCUAAAAUGAAGUGUUAAGUAUGAGAAUGUAAUCUGUUCUCUCUUCAUUUUAUUCUCUUAAAGUCUAUACUUAAGAUUUGCAAAUCAUACUUUAUACAAAAUCACCUGUAUAUCGAUAAUCCCAUGUUCUUAACAUUUUGGUUCUCUUCUAUUGUAUGUAUUUACAAUAAAAAUCAAUAAAAUAUUACACCAAUAACUGUAG